AUGAGCCCCACAGGUUUUAAAGUCAUUGUUGUUGGUGGCGGCCCCGUCGGGCUUGUCGCAGCCCAUGCCCUGUCCCGUGCUGGUAUCGAUUUCGUUGUGCUCGAAAGCCGGCCCAGUAUUGUACUCGACGCCGGCUCUAACCUGGUCAUAAACCCCAUGGGCUUGCGUGUCCUGGGCCAGCUUGGACUUCUCCCUGCCUUCGAUGCCGUUAGUUCACCGUUGGCUCAAAUUGAACGCCGGGACCACAAUGGGAAGGAUCUGGGCACCAGCCAGGCCUUCGUACAUAUCAGCGAAAACCAUGGCCGCUCCCUCAGAGCCGUCAGCCGCCACGAUCUUACCGCUGUCCUCUACGAUUCACUCUCAGAUGAGAGCAAGGCCAAAAUGUUCGCUAACAAGCGCGUUUCCAACAUCUCCAUCACAGAUGACGAUGUAACUGUCCUUUGCCGUGAUGGGACUUCAUACAACGGAUCCAUCAUUGUCGGAGCAGACGGCGCCCAUAGCAUUGUACGUGACCAGAUGCGCACACUCGCUCUCCGAGCAAGCCAGACUUCAGGCCCCGAGAAUUCCCAAGUCAACGAAGAACAGCCAUUCCUGACCACCUACCGUGCUCUCUGGAUCCGCUUUCCCACACAAGGCGAUCUGCACCCUGGAGAUGCCAACGAGACUCACGGGCGCGACGUCGCUGUCCAGCUGUUUGCUGGCGAGGACACGACCGUUAUUGGUAUCUAUGAGCGCAUGGACAAGCCAACCCGUGAGCGCAUCCGCUACAGCACCGCCGACGAAGAGGCGUUGGUCGGCCGCUGGGGUCACCUACCCAUCUCACGCGGAUUGACGAUCCGCGACGCCUACAAUGCACGCGUCGGCGAUGGCAGGGGCGCUGGGAUGAUCAACCUCGAGGAGGGUGUUGUCCAACACUGGUCACACGCUGGGCGUAUCGUGCUUGCUGGCGAUGCGGCGCACAAGUUCACCCCCAGCACUGGUGCUGGAUGCAACAAUGGCAUCGUUGACGUCGUCACGCUCUCCAAUGAGUUGGCUAACAUGUUCCGAUCAAUCGGCGGCGUCCACAGUAUCCCAACUACGGCGCAGCUCUCAGCUGCCUUCAAGGCCUAUCAAGACACCCGCUUUGAUGCCGUUAUCGCUGGCUGCGUCGGCUCCGGCCAAGUCACCGCAAUGGCCACUUGGCAAGGACAGCUUGUCAAGUUUGUAGACCGUUAUGUUAUAUCGAAUCGCACCAUCGAAAAAUGUAUAUAUUCUCGGGCUGCUGCCGGCAUUGCAAAGACCCCCGUUUUUGAUUACAUCAAUGGCGAGGAGGAGUUGAAUGGAAAAGUCCCCUGGACGCAGCCUAUGACGUCGAGCGACUUUGCAGUCAUUAACUGA